AUGAGCCGUUUAUUCACGGUCGGGCUGAUAACAUCGUGGUACUCCUCAAACAUUGGAGUCUUGUUACUGAACAAGUUCUUGCUAAGCAAUUAUGGAUUCAAGUACCCAAUUUUCCUUACAUUGUGCCAUAUGUUGGCAUGUUCCAUGUUCAGUUACAUCGCCAUUGCAUGGCUGAAAAUGGCUCCUUUGCAAGGGGUAAGAUCGCGGUUGCAGCUGAUGAAGAUAUCCGCAUUGGGGGUCAUCUUUUGUUUUUCUGUUGUUGGUGGGAAUAUAUCGCUUAGAUUUCUCCCCGUCUCGUUUAAUCAAGCUGUCGGUGCGACCACGCCGUUUUUCACGGCGGUUUUCGCGUACUUGAUGACCAUGAAGAGGGAAGGUUGGGUUACGUAUGUCACUCUCGUUCCUGUUGUCACUGGUGUUAUUAUUGCCAGUGGGGGAGAACCAUUGUUUCAUCUGUUUGGAUUUAUAAUGUGUAUUGGUGCCACAGCAGCACGAGCUCUUAAAUCAGUGCUUCAAGGGAUUUUGCUUUCUUCUGAAGGGGAAAAGCUUAACUCCAUGAACCUGCUAAUGUACAUGGCUCCUGUAGCUGUCAUAUUCCUUCUUCCUGCAGCUCUUUUUAUGGAAGAAGGUGUGGUUGGGAUUACGAUUGCACUUGCAAGAGAUGAUUGGAAGUUCUUAUUGUAUCUGACCACCAAUUCUGCACUAGCAUAUUUUGUGAACUUAACCAAUUUCUUGGUCACUAAGCAUACCUGUCCCUUGACUCUUCAGGUCUUGGGGAAUGCAAAAGGUGCUGUUGCUGUGGUUAUCUCGAUCUUGAUAUUUAGAAAUCCUGUAUCAGUUACCGGGAUGCUUGGAUACUUACUCACCGUAGCUGGGGUUAUUCUCUACAAUGAAGCCAAAAAACGCAGUAUGUAAAGCCAUAAGCAGGAGAUAUAGGCACAA